UUUCGUUUAGGUGCUUCUCAGGUUGCCCGUGCUAACGGUGCUAGAAACUAUGCCACAUUGAGAGAAAUCGAAAUGCGUCUUAAGUCCAUUAAGAACAUCGAGAAGAUCACCAACACCAUGAAGAUCGUCGCCUCCACACGUUUGAACAAGGCCCAAAGAGCCAUGGCUGCAUCCAGAGUGUUCAACAAGUCUGAUGCUGAAUUCUACGCUAAUGCUGAACCAGAAAAGGCUGAAUCCGAAAAGACCUUGUUGGUUGUUGUUUCUUCCGACAAGGGUUUGUGUGGUUCCAUCCACUCGCAAGUCUCCAAGUCUGCUAGAAGAAGAAUCGAUGAAUUAAACGGUGCCGUUGAUAUUGUUACUGUUGGUGACAAGGUCAAGCAACAAUUGUUAAGAACUCACGGUGACAAGGUCAAGUUGGCCUUCAACGGAAUUGGUAAGGAAGCUCCUAACUUCUACGAAGUUUCUCUCAUCACUGACGAAAUCAACAAGUUGGGCAAGUACGAAAACACUGAAGUCUUGUACAACAAGUUUGUUUCUUCCGUCUCCUUUGAACCAUCUAAGUUCUCCCUUGUUGAUGCUGCUGCCAUCGAGAAGGCUCCAGGCUUGAGCAAGUACGAAUUGGAAAACGAAGAAACUUCCGAAACCGUAGCCGAAUUCUCCUUGGCUAACUCUCUCUUGACUGCCAUGGCUGAAGGAUACGCUUCUGAAGUCUCUGCCAGAAGAAACGCUAUGGAUAACGCUUCCAAGAACGCUGGUGACAUGAUCAACUCUUACUCCAUUUUGUACAACAGAACCAGACAAGCUGUCAUUACCAAUGAAUUGGUGGAUAUCAUUACUGGUGCUUCCUCUUUGGAUUAAACGUCUUGGUCUUAACCAUCAAAAUGCAUUAUGUCAAUCUCAAGUUAACCAGUUUUUUCCAACUUUUAAUUUAUUUCUACAGUCCAGUUAGACGGAUCAAUAACUAUUACUAUAGUUAAUAUUAGAAACAAAAAAAUACAUACUAAGAUAC